UAAAAACUUGAAAAGGAACAGGUGCUGCUUACACCAAAUGAAGUACAAUGAUGCUGCACCGAAGGUCGGAUAAAGUCUCACCAACAAUCUCCAGAUCAAUUUCGACCUACUAAUACUGCUGCUAUGACAGGCCAGUAAUGGGCCAAAAUACAUUCAAAUCGCGUUCUGGAAUCGAAAUAUUAAUCGGUCAAAUCGCAAAGUGCAACCUCUAAUUGUGCCAAAAAAAUACUUGCCACCCAUUGACUUGGCAACGAUACCGGCAGACUUAUGAACUUAAUUGAAGCCAUCCAAACUUUGAAUUAAAACUACUCAAUUAGAAUUGGUAAUUCGCAACUAAAAAAAUAAGAAAACAGACCGAAUAUCCAUCAAUAAGCUGUUAUAGGCGUCGCGUGUACAUCUCGAGCUCGUACGUUUUUCAUACCAUGUCUAUCAACGGAACUCUACCGGAUUUGUCUUGUUCAUUAAAGGAUACGUACUUUGUCGAACACUUCGACUUUUUCGCUUCCAGAUUCCAAGUGCUGUCUCGCUGCAUAGCAGGUUUGAACAUUGUGUUAUCGUUAGUGAUCACAUUCGCUAACGGAGUAUUUUUCGCCGCGGUAUUCCACCACCCUUCACUGCGAACUCCGCCUAACAUCCUUGUAUGCUCUCUUGGUGCAUCAGACUUCUUGGUCGGAGCAGUCUUUCUUCCACUCUUCACUGGAUUCCUUCUCGAGCAUUCCCUGUUCAAGUCUUGUUUUUACUAUGGUUUGACACUCUCUACAGCACUACUAACGUGCGGGGUGUCGUUUGCCACUAUCGUAGCAAUAAGCUGCGAGCGUUACCUUGCGCUAUUUCGACCGUUUACCUACCUCUCGCUUGUGACCGUGCCCCGAGUCGGUUGUGCCAUUGCCAUAUCAUGGAUCCUUAGUUCUGUGAUCGUUGCCACGUUUGUCUUCUCUUCUGCCUCAUAUGCGAGCUACGUGCUUCUUUUCCUUCUUGCCUGUGGCAUUGCCGUAAUCGCUUACACCUACUGUAGAAUCUUCAAGCUGGCUCGUCGCCACCAGACGCAGAUUCAGGCGCAGCAAACGAUCGGCCCUUCGAUAAACUCGCAGCAAAAGCUAGCGGUGACCAUGGCGUACGUGAUUGGCGUGACCUUCAUGUGUUACCUACCCAUAGCGUGCAGCACUAUAGCCUCGUUCAUUCAAGGAUUUGAUCAGACUGUAUCAGAAGCUUACUACGCCACGAUGACGCUUGUGACUUUGAGUUCGGUGGUGAACCCGGGGAUCUAUUGUUGGAGGAACAGGGAUAUACGGGAUGAGGUCGUCGUGUUAUUGAGGCAAAUGAAGAUACGUCAGUGAAUAUACAGGAUAUGUAUGUAUACAUAAAACACUACUUGUGAUAAGGCAUCGGCGCCAUAUCGAGUCAUCUACGGAUUAAACAUAGCUACUGCAACAAUGAUGGAGAACAGCACACAUUUUAGGAAAACAUGGACUUUCAAAAA